UCACUUGCUGUCUUCCUUCAAAUGGGGGGGAGGCAGGAAUGUAAAUCCAGAGGGGGGAUUAGAGGCUGCACACUCGGAGUUGUUAAAAAAAAAAAAGCCCAAGUCAUCCAGCUCUGCCUCAGUGCUGCCACUUGUGCAGGGUCCCCGGCAGACCAGGACCACAGCUGGCCGUGGAGGACUCGCAUGCAGACCCAUGAGGACGGCGCGGGCGUGAGGACGCGAAGCAGGAGCAUCUGUGGCGGUCGGACAUGGGUCGCGUUCAUGGUGGGACUCUGUUAGUUUUCUGCGCCAUGUGUGCCCCUUUCAUGUGGGACUCUGGGGCCAGCUCCAUCAGGACCACGCACGCACUGGACACCUCACAAGCUGAAUGUCCCGACAAUAAGAUCCUAACUGUGGAGUAUCCCUGCAUCCGAGCUGGAGGCAAGAACAGCACCUGCCUCAGGAGGAAAUGCUGUGAGGGGUUCAGGUUUGUGAUGGGCCAGUGCAUACCUGAAAGCGUUGAUGUAUGUGCCGCGUCGCCGUGUGAGCAACAAUGCACGGACAACUUUGGUCGGGUCGUCUGCACGUGUUAUUCCGGCUAUCGCUUCGACCGGGAGAGACACCGCAACCACAAGUCUCCAUAUUGUCUGGACAUGGAUGAGUGUGAGCAGUCGAGUGGCGUGUGCGACCACGAGUGUGUCAACACGGCCGGCAGCUUCCUGUGCCGUUGUCGCAGCGGAUACAUCCUGGCGCCGGAUCAGCGCUCCUGCAUCGCCGUGCACAACCUGAGUUCAUCGGGGAAGUCGGACACGCUGAUGAGCGCCGCCACCUGUUCCUUCACCUGUGAAGACUUCACCAGCAUGAAAAACAGUCUGCUGCAGCUCAAACUUAGGGAGGCAAACACGCAGUCCCAGAACCAGGUUCCUGACCUGGCCAACCGCAGCGACAAACCUUCUGUAGGAAGACCAGGAAUAGGUCCUGAUAGCACAUGUAGACCCGGUCUACCCGGCCCGCCAGGAUCUCCUGGAGUCCCAGGACAUCCGGGAGAGCCCGGCAAGAGAGGGGACACAGGCAGUGAAGGCCCGCCCGGCCCUCGGGGUCCCCGGGGGGACAUGGGCCCGAUAGGCCCAGAGCCUGACCUGAGGCACAUCAAAAGAGGCCGCAGAGGACCAGUGGGACCACCUGGGGCCCCUGGAAGAGAUGGGUCAAAGGGUGACCGAGGAGCUCCUGGUCCCAGAGGUCCUGCUGGCCCACCCGGCUCCUUCGACUUCCUGCUGCUGAUGAUGGCCGACAUCCGUAACGACAUCAUCGAGCUGCAGGAGAAAGUGUUGGGCGAGCGACGCGGUCUCUCGCUGGACAGCCCGCAUCAUUCCAGCGGGGAGGAGGAGGGGGACUUUGUGGAGUGGGGGUCCGGACAAGCAGGGGACGUCAUGCUCAGCACCUGACCUUUGACCCCGGAAGCAACACUGCAGACUCUCAUUCCAACACGGAGGACGUGGAAAAAAAUGGAGUUUUAUGAGAAGACUUGAAAGGACAGGUGGUGUCUUCUCUGCUCCUGCAGCAGCAACGUGGGCUUCCGAGACCUGCAGACAUGUGAACUUUGAACCCUGGCAGUGGAAGUCACGCACGCUUCCAGCUUGCUGUACAAAACUCCAUUUAUAAGACGUGAAGCAGGAAAUGUUUUGUUUGUUUCCAGGCGGACAAAAUAAUAAACACACACAGUGUCCCAAAA